AUGGAGAAUAACCACACCUUCCUGUACUUUGCAUAUGGCAGCAACCUACUGAAGGAGCGGCUACAGCUCAAGAACCCAUCUGCAACUGUACACUGUGUGGCCAGGAUCAAGGACUAUAAAUUGGUGUUUGGGAACCAUAAAGGCCUUGCCAGUGACCGGUGGCAUGGAGGUGUGGCCACCAUAGAACACAGCCCAGGGGACGAGGUGUGGGGUGUGGUGUGGAGGAUGAAUAUGUCUGAUCUGGAGUCUCUAGACUGUCAAGAGAAUGUGACGUUAGGUGCGUAUAGUCCUUUGGAGUUAUCAGUGAAGUCAAAAGGCCAGGAGCUCAACUGUCGUACCUACAUAAUGAACAGCUGUGUGUAUGCCCCACCAUCGCCACAGUACCUACAGGUGAUUGUGAUGGGAGCAGAGCAGAAUGGCUUGCCAAAGGACUACCAGGAGAAGCUGAGAGCAAUCAAGACCAACAUGUAUGAGGGUCCACUACCCAUGAUGGCUGAACUGGAGAGAGCCAGAAGAAGAGCUAAAGAGAGGAAAAGUAAGCCAAUCUCAGAUCUUUGA